AUGUCCCUUUCGCUGAGCGUGGCGCUUCUGAGCGGUCUGGGCACGAAGGUGUCUUUGAGCCCCCGGUCGACAGUCGACGAGCUACGACGGGAGGCCCAAACAGCAUUGGGCUGCUACUUGAGCCACUUAAUCGACGAUUCCGGAGAGUGCUUGCCUGGAGGAAUCGAGCUCGAAGCAGCUGGUCUUGCUGAUGGCGACACAGUGAGCGCCAUCGUCCGCCACACCCAACUCGCAUCCACUCAUACAGCUUUCGCGCUGCUGAGGUGCGACGGCACUGUGGUGACGUGGGGAAGUGCGUACCAGGGCGGUGAUAGUGUCGCUUUCCAGUCUAAACUGAAAGAUGUUUCGAAGAUCUACUCUUCGGAUUACGCUUUCGCUGCAGUACGCAGCGAUGGGUCCGUCGUGACUUGGGGCAAUGCUGGUGCCGGUGGCGACAGUUCAUCUGUCCAGGAGAUGCUGAAGAAUGUUCGGCAGAUCCAAGCAUCCAGCCACGCCUUUGCUGCUGUGUUGGCAGAUGGCUCUGUGGUGACCUGGGGCAACAGUCGCUGCGGCGGUGACAGCAGCGCUGUGCAGGGGCAGCUGGUGCAAGUGCAGCACAUCUGGGCCUCCAAACAAGCCUUCGCCGCAUUGGCUGGAGGCGGUUCGCUGGUCACCUGGGGCAGCGCAGCCGCGGGCGGCGAUAGCGAAGCCGUUCGGGUGCAGCUUGCGCAAGGUGUGCGACAGAUGGCGGCUUCCGAGCUCGCGUUCGGGGCUGUGCUCUCGGACGGCUCGGUGGUCACCUGGGGCGAUGGCGACUAUGGCGGGGACAGCAGUGCCGUACAUGACCAGCUGCAGUCGGUUCGGGCGCUGCGGGCUUCCCAAGGGGCCUUCGCCGCCCUUCGCAGCGAUGGAUCCGUGGUGACCUGGGGUAAAGAGAGCUAUGGGGCAAACAGCAGUGCCGUGCAGGAGCAGCUCAAGGACGUCUUGGAGGUUCAGGCCUCUGAGGCGGCUUUUGCGGCGAUUCUUUCCAAUGGCUCGGUGGUCACAUGGGGGAACAAGCAUGCCGGUGGCAAUUGCUCGCCAGUGCAGCAGCAGCUCGAAGAGACUCAGGAGAUUUGUGCUUCCUUGGGGGCUUUUGCAGCGCGCAGGAGCGAUGGCACGGUGGUGAGUUGGGGCGAUGCCCUCUUCGGCGGUGACAGCAGCGCGGUGCAGGCAUCUUUGAAGGAUGUCCGUUGGCUCUAUUCUUCCGGACACGCCUUUGCGGCUGUGUUGGGCGACGGCUCCGUCGUGACUUGGGGCAACGCGGCUUACGGUGGCGACAGCGGCGCGGUGAGCGCGGCGCUGCGCGGUGGGGCGUGA